AUGGGAUUGCUCCCUUCGACUUUUCCAAGUCCACCAAAAUAUUUACUAGGAUGCAUUCUUUGCUCGGCCAACGGCCUUCUCUUCGGAAUGGACACAGGCACGAUCGGUCCUGUGACCGACAUGGCCAACUUCAAGGCCUCGUUCGGAGGCAGUGAGAAUUCGACGAUCCACGGUCUAAUCGUAUCGUGUAUCUUGAUCCCCGCUGCUCUCUCCUCGUUUUUUGCAGGCUACGUCGCCGAUCGACUCGGUCGACCCAAAGGUAUCGCCAUUGGUGUAUUCAUCUUUGGCGCCGGAGCAGCGAUUGAAGCCGGAGCCGUUGCUCUAUCCAUGUUCAUUGUUGGUCGCAUCGUGGAAGGCCUCGGAGAGGGACUAUUCCUCGGAAAUCUCGUUGUGCUGAUCUGCGAGAUCUCGCCCACUCGGACUCGAGGCGCUAUGACGACUGGUCCUCAGCUGGCUACUACGCUGGGAUUGGUGCUGGGAUACUUCGUCAGCUAUGGAACGUCGAGUGUUCAGGGAUCGCUCUCGUGGCGAUUGCCGUUUGUUGUUAUGGCUAGCCUUUCCAUGAUGAUGUGUGGCUUGUCGCUUUGCUUCCUUCCGGAAUCUCCACAGUGGCUUGGAAUGCAUGGAAAGUACGCCUUGGCUGAAGAGGCUUGGGUGAAGCUGGGUGUGCGUCCUGAGGAGCGCGAAAAGGUUCAGGCAAACGUUGAAGUGACGGAGCUCGACUUUGAACCGUCAGCAGAUGAGAAGAAAAGUACUACCAAGAAGCUUCUUGAGAUCUUUGAAAAAGACGUUCGCGGGCGAACACUUCUUGCUGUGUUUUUGAUGGGAAUGCAACAACUCAGUGGUAUUGAUGGAGUCCUUUACUAUGCACCCCAGCUCUUCCAAAAGGCUGGUCUUGCCUCAUCGGAAGCGAGUUUCCUAGCAUCCGGUGUUUCGGCAAUCGUCAUUUUUGCAGUCACAAUUCCGGGACUCAUUUACGCUGAUGGAUGGGGCCGGCGAAGCAGCAUCAUCUACGGUGGCGUUGGAAUGGGAAUCCUAAUGUUCUUGAUGGGUGGCCUGUAUGCCGGAGACGCUGUGCAUAAGUCAACCGGCGCUGGCCGCUGGGUUGUGAUUGUUUGCAUCUACAUUUACGCUGCCCUUUAUUCUGUCAGUUGGGGCAUUUCGGUGAAGGUCUACAGCGCCGAGAUCCAGCCACAGCGGACGCGUGCAUCGGCCACCACACUAUCCCAUUCGAGUAACUGGGUAUCCAACUUCUUGGUAGCCUUGACUACCCCUGUCUUGCUUGCAAAGAGCAGCUACGGCGCCUACUUUUUGUGGGGAGGAUGCUGCGUUGUGACAGUUAUUGUUAGUCUGAUUUAUAUGCAUGAGACGAAGGGUCGAUCAUUCGCGCAGAUUGAGGAGGCUUUCACGGGAAAGAAGCCAACUGAAGAGAGCGGAUGCACAGAAAGUGCAAACAAAGCAUAG